UUGCGUGAUGACUUCAGACAGAAUCCCCAGGACGUGGUGGUGGCGGUGGGGGAGCCUGCCAUCCUGGAGUGCCAACCUCCUCGUGGGCACCCUGAGCCCACCACCUUCUGGAGGAAAGACAAGUCCCGCCUGGACCUCAAAGGUGAAAGGAUCACUGUGAGUACAGUUCUUCUUCAGGACCCUCUUCUCUGCGCUAUGCAAAUUAAUUUAACCACCCCCUCUGUCUGGUGUAGCAUGAGUCCAUUUCAGUCAGUGGCUAGUAGUCACAAUGGUUCUCAUCACUGAAAGCAGUGUACAGAGUGUCUGAUUUAGACAUUGUUAAGCUAUCUCUGUUAUCUAUCUGUCAGGUACGUGGAGGGAAGUUGACCAUCUCCAACACCAGGAAGAGUGAUGCAGGGCUGUAUGUGUGUGUGGCCACCAACAUGGUGGGGGAGAGAGACAGUGAGACGGCUCAGCUCUCUGUGUUCGGUAAGGACAGACCCAUCCCCUGGUGCUUCAUGUAAUGGCUGCACUGUCUACAUGCUUCCUGUUUAUGAGAGCUUGUAGACUCAUGUCCUAUCUUUGUGUGUGUGGUGGUUGUCCAGAGAGACCCACGUUUGUUCGUCGGCCGGUGAACCAAGUGGUCCUAGUGGAGGAGAGUGUGGAGCUCAGGUGUCAGGUACAGGGAGACCCACCACCCUCACUACGCUGGAGGAAGGACGACGUGGAUAUACCCCGCGGCAGGUGAGGAGAGAGAGAGUGUACGUGUGUGUGUGUGUGUGUGUGUGUGUGUGUGUGUGUGUGUGUGUGUCCGUGCCUGCUUGUGUGUGUGUGCAUGCGUUUGUGUUUUCUAUGAAUUCCUGCUGUGGCUGUGGUGGUUGAAGCAUUUUACAUUACAUUUUAGUCAUUUAGCAGACGCUCUUAUCCAGAGCGACUUACAGUUAGUGAGUGCAUACAUCAUUUUUUUUCAUACAUUGUGUACAAGUGUUAAUAUGGAUUGUGAGGCAGGACUAAUGAGUCCCAGUCUACAGCAGGUAGACACCUGACAUGUUUACUACAGCUUUGAUCACGGUACCUAACAUUAUUUCUCAAAGCCCACAGUCCUGUUCUUAAACCCAGAUUAAAUGUAAUAUAUUCUACUUACCAUACGCGUGCUACCCUGAGAUAAAAAGUGGAUUUAGUGUGUUUGCAGGCUCGCGUGUAUGCUGUCCGUGUGUGUGAAGCCAUGAGUAUUCCGUAGAUUGCCAUUUAUGUCUCUUGUGCAUGUGUGCAUUCACAAUAUAUGAAUCCCGUAAUUGAAUUUCUUCUCCUUCCUCCUUUCUAUCUGUAUGUCUGUAUGUAUAUUUUAGUGUUUUAGCUUUUGAUUUUCUAUGAUAUAACAGUCCUAGCUAGACUCAUAGAAAUAAUAAUUAUAUGUAUAUAGCUACACUACACAAGGUCCCAGAUCUAACAAUGUCCUCUAUUUAGGCCAUUACUUUGAAUCAGGACCAUGCUGCCAAUGGAGUCAAUGUGUGUUUAGGUCAACAGCAUAAAACUACAUUUACCAUGACUCUCUGCUCUCUUCGUCACAGUAACUGAAAAUGCUCUCACAGUUUGUUCAUAUUUAAUCCCAUAUGACGUCUUUGACCAUAUUGUGAUCUGCGUGAGAGGAAAUAUGUUUUUCCCUACAUGGCAUAAGUGUGUAUUUCUAAAGGAAGUAGCUAAUCUAAAGGAGUGGUGUGUGAGAGUGUUGGUUUCCGUCUGCAUGUACAGCAGCAGCAGCAUGUGUCUGAGACAGGAGGUGGCCGUGGGGAGUGCUCUCUCAGACAGGAGUAGAGUAGUGUCUGGCUUUUCCCUGCUCACUCCUUACUCCCUCCUUCCCCCUGACUCCAGAAACAUGCCCUACUUCCAGACCAGCCUUCCUCCCUUCUCUCUUUCUUUCUCUCGCUCUCUCUCUUACGCUCCCUCCUUCCCUCCCUCACUUUCCCCAUCCCUCCAUCCCUCUCAGACCGGCCCUCCAGGGAGGUGUGUAUGUGGGUCAGAGACGUGACGUGACUGGAGCCUUCACAAGGUUCAGUCAGACAGAACAACUGUCCGAACGGACAGAAAAGCUCUAUCGAUAUUUUCUCCUUCACUUUUCUCACCUUCUCUUAUCCGUGCCCCCUCCCGCCAUCUCCCCCAUCAUUGUGUUUCACUGCUCUGCUCGUCUCACAUGUCCAGAUGGUAUGGAAGACUAGACAGGUUUACAGGCUGCUGGUCUGCCUGCUUCAGAGACCAGAAAAGGCCCCUUAGAGGGGAGAGUCCAGCUCCAUAAUGCUCCAUGCUCUGUAGCCAUGUCAAACCCUCUGCCCCUGAGUGAUGGACUGUUAGCGCUGCUCUGUUAGGACUGCUGUUUCUCUCAGUGCUGAGACUGGCUGGCUGCUGUGAUGCGUAGUGUAUCUUUAUGAAUUAGUCAUUACUGCCAAGUCUUUCUCAUCCGUAGCUGUGUGUGUUUGUGUGUCUGCCUGUCUGUCUGUGUGUGUCUGUGUGACUGUCUGCUUCUGGGUGUGGAUUUAUGGGAGUGCACCAGAUACACUAUGUCAGAUACAGUAUAGGCUCUCUCUCUUUCUCUCUUGUUCUCUUUCACUUUCUCUCACUCACUCACACACACACACUCACGCACGCAUCCAACAGUGGGUGCCCUUCUUCAUAAAUAUUGAAAUAGAGGAACAGUCAGGGUUCCAGCUGAAAGCACCUUUCAUUUUGCCUUGCCUUUCAUCCCUGCAUAAGUGGCCCCCUUCUCCUCCUCCUGUGUAGCAGAACAUAGUCUCUCUGCAGCGGGGAGUCUUAAGUACCUCAGGAAGCCUCGCUUUAUUCUUCAAACAGCCUUAUGUCCACAACCUAUUAUUUUAUGUAAGCUUUGCUCUGAAAUGUCCCAGAAUGGGUUACUUACUGUAGUAAGCAUACGGUAAAUUGUUUUGUGUAAUUGUUAUUUAUACAGAACUUGGCCCGUUUUUCCAGUCGACUGAUUACUGCAAGCUUGACUUCACGCUAAUGUAAAUUGCUCCUCUCCCCCUCUCCUUCCCCAGGUAUGACAUCCGAUAUGAGAAGGAGGAUUUCCUCCUGAGAAUCAAGAAGGCGUCGGCUGGGGACCAGGGGACCUUCACCUGCGUGGCCGAGAACCGUGUGGGCAAAGUGGAGGCCUCGGCUACCCUCACCGUCAGGGGUGAGUAUAGGCGACUGUAUGAGACAGUCAGACACCUGUCACCAGUCCUGUUUCUGGAGCUGUGGUAUUAGUCUCAGCUGGGUGGGCCCAGGCCAUUCCUCUCCCCCACCCUGGGAGUGUUAUUGCCCCCCUGCUGUGAGCCUGGAGCUGGGCUCAGUCCCUCUCUCUCCCCAACAAGGUCUCACAGUCUCACUUCAGUAUUCAACAUUGUUAAAACUGAAAAAACCUGACACUGAAGCAUAAAAGACAUGACGGUUAAGUUUAGGCAUUAAUUCCAACUGGUUAAGGUAAGGGUUAAGGUAAGGGUUAAGGUAAGGGUUAAGGUAAGGGAUAAGGUAAGGGUUAAGGUAAGUGUUAAGGCAAGGGUUAAGGCAAGGGUUAAGGUUUGGGAUAAGGUAAGAGUUAAGGUAAGGAUUAAGGUAAGGGUUAAGGUUUGGGAUAAGAUUAAAACAGAAAAAAUGUAAACGAGUGCCUAGCACUGGGAUUGAACCCGCGAUCCUCGUAGCCGAAACACCCAGUUUAAACCCUUUGUUAUCCCCAUCCACAACGUCCUAGCAAGCCCUGAGCCUACUAGAGACUAAUACAUGGUCACGUUGCCCCUAGUGGACGGUAUUGACGGCAUCUCCCAACAUGCUGGGGACCUGGACAAACGUUGAAUACUGAAGUCUAUCUGGUGUGAUCUCACUGCUCUCCCAGGGCCCAGGCUGGAUGAUUAAACCAGUAUCUCCAGCCUCCACUCAGAUAUGAGCAACUUAACCAGAACCAAUUGUGUUACACACCCUGUAUCUCACUAUCCAUUGCACAUCACCACACCACACUGUGUCCUCUGUCAACUGGGAUGCUAAUAGGAGAAUUGGUGGCAUGAGAAAGUGUUUUCAGGGUAGGUGAAGAGGUGAAGAGGGUGAGAUCCAGCUUUCUGUCUUUUGCUUGUACAUCAGCAAAGUGUUAAGUGACAAUUCUGUGGUGUUCCCACAUCUGUGAAUACGCCUAAGUGUACAAGGUUAUUGUGUUAAACUAUACACCCCUCCAUGAUGAUACCCAGGUGUAUUUCCUUUACCUGAGCCCCAUGCCAUCACCUGCCAUGGUGACUGAGCCCCAUUCUCCUCCUCCUUACCUGCUGGAAUUUGAUACCCAACACCACGUCAUUCAUUUCUGAUUUCCAUUUUUUUUCUUUCCCUCUCCUCCUCUCCUCUCUGUCUUGUGUUUUGUCCUCACCCACCCAUACCAUUGUUCUGUCACCAGCUCAUCCUGUUGGUAAGUAAGAGCUGAUCCCAUUGUGCAUGCAUUGCUCUCUUUUUCUCUGUCACACACACACACACACACACACACACACACAAACAUACACUCAAAUGCACAUGCUCACAUGCUAAAGCAGGGCUGUUCCUACACUUGCAUACAUACACACCCAUUAACACCAGCACACAUUCACACCUGAUUAUUCAACAUACUAAUACAUGCACAUGUACCUCCUUAGUUUGAACCACCCAACCCAGCCCUCCAUUUAGUUGUGUGUUGUUAAGUUAGUUGUAACCCCUCUGUUUCUCCAACUUGCUGGUCAAGACAUAGUAGUUGAUAUGCAGUAGUUCUGAUGUAGAGACUACAAGGGGAGAAUGUAUGUAAAAGCACUUGUGCUCAUGAGUUGGUCUCAUUCAUUCAGGUUUGUGGCCAGCAGGAUGAAUGGCUUGUGUGGUCUGCUACCUGUAGUAAUGGCUGUUCAGAGAGACUACUAGACAAUCACCUGUUGCAUGUUCCCUGUAGCCUGUAGCCUGUAGCUUGUAGCUGAAACCUGUAGCUUCCCUUGAUUCGUUUGUGCACAUGAACAGAACUGUCUCUAAAUGUCUUCCUGCUGUGCUGUGGUGACAGUGGUUUACUUCUCUGACCUUUGACCUUCAGAGGCUCCCCAGUUUGUGGUGCGACCCCGGGACCAGAUCAUGGCUCAGGGGCGCACAGCCACCUUCCCCUGUGAGACCAAGGGCAACCCCCAACCCACUGUGUUCUGGCAACGAGAGGGCAGCCAGGUAAGAAACACCUGUUUGAAUAACGUGUGUUGAAUGUCUGUAUGCUUCUUUACAUGACUGUGCCUGUGUGUGUUAGCUCUUGCCUGUGUGUGUUAUCUCUUGCCUGUGUGUGUUAUCUCUUGCCUGUGUGUGUUAGCUCUUACCUGUGUGUGUUAGCUCUUGCCUGUGUGUGUUAGCUCUUGCCUAUGGGUGUUGGCCUCUUCCUAUGCAGAUAAACAAAAACAACCUUCUCCUCAUUGUCUUAACCCUUGUGUGGUGUUCAUGUUUUUGUUAUUCACCCAAUGUUCACGGGGUCUGAUGGACCCACAACAUCAUUGGGUUUUUAAAACAAUACAGCCAUAACAAUUUACGUAAAAAUACUUAAUACUUAGAUGUUGACUUAUAUCAAUUACAAGCAAUAUAGACAGCAUACAUGGUUAAUAUUUACCUCUGCUAGAUCACAUUUAUCAAUAAAAGUGCUAUUAAAAAUUUUUAAAAAAAAUUAUAAUCAAGACAUGGGUGGAAUGAAUCAUGUUUAUCUUGAACAAAUAUAAAUGAAACAAGGUUUUCAUCACUAUUGAUGUUUAUUGCUUUGAACUGAACAAAUUGGAAGGACAGAUUUUACAUACAUUAUUUUAUGGAAAUGAUAAAUGAGCCCCAUUGAACACAAAUUAAGGCCGGUCUACACACCACAUGAGGGACAGAGUUUUACUGUGUGUGUGUUGCAAAUGUAUUUCUUGCACUUGAUGCAUGUGUACUGUGUCUUCCUGUCCUUCUUGGGUCCACACACAUCGCAGCGCUUCUUCUUGUUGCUACCGGCAGCAAUCUAGAAUGAUGAAAACACUUAGUUCAGGAAUUUUGCUAACAUCUCACUCACUCACUCACUCACAUAUAUAGUUACAGCAGGCCAAGGUAGGAGAGUCAGACACACACACAUGCAACAACAUCACUCAUACUUACUUCCGGUAUUAGAGUUGUUGGUUCUGUGGGUCGGGCGGAUGGGGCACCAGCAUCCUCCUCCUGAAUCCUCCUCACGAUGGCUGCAGAAGCUGGGGUCCUUGGGAUAUGUUGCCUCCUCUGGAUUUGAGGUCUUACCAAUGCCUUGCCCAGCUCCUCGAGAAAGAGCCGUCUCCUCUGGAGCUUCCCCCUGUUCCAAUCUAGGUUCAACGCCAUCCAGAUGACAAACGCGUUGUACGCCGAGAUGUCCAAGAUGUUGAAGAAUAUCACAAGUGGCCAGCGUAGGGUUCUUCUUUUGCAGCUGUAGCUAGUCACCAGCUUGUCUAAAUUGUCCACCCCUCCUUUUGUGGCAUUGUAAUCCAUUAUGAUUUCUGUUUUUUUGAUGUUCCUGGCCAUAGAUUCUCCCAUCCCUAUAGAGCGUACUCAUGAGAACCACAUUUUUGCCUUUCUUUGGCACGUAGGACACUAGGGACGUGUCGGCCGUGAACACAAACUUAGAGGAAUUGAUAAGCCUGUUCCGUGUAUUCAACAGCUGAGGUGGGAGCCCUGGCUUGUUUUUUCGUAUUGUUCCUACCAUCGUCAGCUUCCUCUUGAGGAGCUCCUGUCCCAGCUUGUGCAAAAUAAAAAAGUUAUCGCAUUUGAUGUUGUGGCCACGGAGUCCCUGUGUCACGUCCAGGAUAACCCGCAUCCCUCGGUUCAUCUCAGGGGCUCCUCCAUCUGGCUUCCCCGUAUAUACUUGCAAGUUCCCCACAUAUGAUGAAGCAGCAUCACAGGCAGCCCAGAUCUUGAUUCCAUAUUUUGCGGGUUUAGAUGGUAUGUACUGCCUGAAGGGGCAGCGGCCCCUAAAUGGCAUAAGCUGCUCAUCAACAGUAACGUUGGGCCCAGAGUUGUAAAACAGGGGAAGGCGGUCCAGAGACAUGAUCCUCAUAUUCUGAAAAUUCUUCAUCUUCCAAAGUGGAAGACGUUCCAUCCACACUAGCUUCUCUCUCUGCAAAAAAAAUUCUAAGGCCCUCCGAGCAGAGAUUAUUUUUGCCAUACUGAUUGAUUGUGGUAAAGAGCCACACUUGCAAAGCUAUUAAUUUGUUGUGUCCCUCCCCCAAUUUGCACCUGGCUGGGGUAGAAUGUGGGAAAAUACAGCAUUUUUUACAAUGUAUUGAAAUAAUGUAUUGUAAUAAUAUUGUGCAGGUUCCCGCAAGACAUUGUGAGGUUUCACACACUACAAAGGGUAAAGAGUGCGAGAAAAGCGGGAGACAGGCAGACAGGUUAUUGGUGCUAUGUUGAAACAGCAGACCUAGGGAGGAGGAAGACAGAGUGAAGGCACACAGCAAACCUUUUUGUUUAAUUUUUACUUGUUUUCACCUACACACACACUUUUCCACACUUUUAUUACCCUCGGGUCCAGUGGACCCGAACACCACAUAUGUAAUAUAAAUGUGUAGGGGGGUGCACAGUGUGCACUCAAUGAAAAUGUGUUAUUUUACAUGUUCUUCACAGAAAAUGAGCCAAGGCCAAUGAGUCUCAGGUUGAAAAAAUAAUUAAUUAUAUCAUUUUUAUUUUAGUAAACAUUGAAAAUGGGUCCCACAGACCCGAACCACACAAAGGUUAAUUGAGACAUGAAGGUUGGGUCCUGAUUGGACAGUGGCUAGAGCCGUGGGACGAGAGGGGGCGGUCAGGACUCCCGUCCCCGUGACAGUCACAUAAUGAAGUGGUCAUCAAUCAUCGGUCCACUCCGCAUGCUCUGACCAGCCAUUUAUUUCACAAGAAACAACAUUCAUUUGCUGCUUUAGAGUCGUUAGGCAUAAUGGGAUCAGGCUAAUGUCCUUGCAUUCCCCUCCGUUUGUCUGCUCUCAGGACGCGGAAUGGGGAAAAAUCUCAUUUAAGCGAGAGAGAUAGAGAUCUCAAGGCUAUGAGUGGGCGGCCGUGAGGACUCACUCAAUGUCAAGACCCCUACUGCAGGGCAUCAUCACGGGCAGGGCUGACCGCCUCUCACCCACAGUGUAAAUGACUAACCACCUUGAGCAGAUAGAGGACCCCGACCCCUCUGCCCCCACAUUUACUACUGAAUUACUCACACAUUUCUAGGAUAAGUGAGUGAAUAGGAGGACUACUCAGUAAUGAACACACACUGAGAAUGGACAUGGAGGAAAACAGAGCAAGGCUUCAGAUUAUUGGUUUGACCUGUUGGUGCUUUUUAGUCAAUGCAGUCUGCUCUCGCAUUGUACAUGUAUGGUGUAUGGGCUAUACUGUUAUAUAGCAUUGUAUUGCCAAGGAUGACACUCACUGCAAUUAAAACUCCCUCUGUUAAUUCCUGUCACUCUAAAUGUAUCUUUCCUUCCCUCACAUUUCUUAUGUAACUAACUGAAUGUAAUAAUAAUUUAACACAGUACAGUUAUGAUUCACCAUUCACUCAUGCUAUUAACUGCAACAUGUAAAUUGAAUCUCGCCAUGUUUCCUGCUGGUUUUCUGUUGGGCACAGGACAAAACACCAUGCUAAUGAGUCUCUCCUAUCUUUCCAGGAUCUGCUGUUCCCCUAGCCAGCCAGCCCAGGGAGACAGCCGUGUGUCAGUGUCAGUGAGUGGAGAGCUGACCAUCUCCUCCGUACAGCGCUCUGAUGCAGGCUACUACACCUGCCAGGCCCUCACUGUGGCUGGCAGCAUCCUGGCCAAGGCUCAGCUGGAGGUGGCAGACGGUGAGAGCAUAGAGCACGUAUACACUGCAGACAAACACACUGCGGACACACACAGACACACACACACCACACACCUGUAGAAGUGGUCAUGCCAAUGUGCACCUGCAGAUGCAUAUCCUAGCCAACUGACACCUGCAGACCUAUGCCUUUGCCAACACAAUUGUGCGCCUUGCCUGAGAACAAUGCACAACUAAAUGCAAGCACACAAACACACACACGCACACUUGCUUGAAAACAUGGACUGAAGGGCCGGCCAUAAAAUGCGUCAGAGGCUGUCUGUUUAAUGCUUGGCACUUAUCUUGGCUGAGAUGUGGUGUGCUGAACGCUGUAAGAGCUAAUCGGUCAAAUGCCUUCAUCCAUUUCAUUAGCAUCUCACUGUGGGAAGUUGCACCAUAGAGAGGCCAUGAAAAUCCUGAAAAGAGUGAAACUGUUUAAAUGAAAACUCUCUCCCUGAUGGAGAGUUACAUUUACACUUCUCUCCUCUCAAAGAGCAUCAUUAUCUUAAGUGCUGAGGUAGUGCCAAUUGGGAGCUGUUUGGCCUCUCUCUCUCCUCUCUCUCUCUCUCUCUCUCUCUCUCUCCUCUCUCUCUCUCUCUCUCUCUCUCUCUCUCUCUCUCUCUCUCUCUCUCUCUCUCUAUCUCUCUCUCUCUUUCUCUCUCUCCAUUCAUGUAUUGGCUCCCUCACACACAUUAUUGAAUUAACAUCUGCUCAAGGAUUUUUUGGGGAAAGAAAACAAGUCUUGCCCUGCGAGGUGGAAAAGAUAGGUCAGUAUGCAAAUACUGUACGGGGGAGUGAAGGAAUGAUCAAGUGGUUGAGUGUGAAAAAUGAUGCAAGAAAGGAGUCAUCUUUUGUUGUUGCAUCUGAUCACAGUUAAAUAAUAGUUUUUUAAGGCUAGCUUCUAUAUCCGUUGUACAAUAUUAAUCAUACAAUGAGGUGCUGACAAUGAUAACAUAUACAAUGUAUAAUAAUAUAUAUAUAUGCCAUUUAGCAGAUGCAUAUAGGGUGGGGAUAGUAUAAGAACUCUCAGUAGUGAUGUGGAGAGAGUAAAAGAAUGUCUCACUUUAUAAAAGCUGGUGUAUGCUUAGUGGAGUUACUGUGUUCCUCUGAGUCUGAAGGAGCUGUGAUAGGAAAUAAGAGCUCUAGAAGCUGAUGCAAACACUCUGUCUGAGUUGAGACUAAGAGCACUGAUAAGGAGGGGAAGGAGAACAGAGGAUAUUACAAAACGUGAAAAGAUUGAACACCUCAGAAAUGCAGAGGCUGCCCAAUGAAUGACAUAACAUGCAUAUAAGAGCAUUAAGGAGAUGUAUUUCUCCUGUGGUUGGCAGUGUUUUGUCUGGGGGAGGGGGCGGUGAGGUGCAGUGGUGAGUCAGAGGAGAGGAGGGAGGUUUGGGAGGGAGGGAGGGUGUGCAUGUGUUAAACGGUGUUGUGAAAGAAGGCAGGGUAAUUAGCCCCGUAGGCGAGCCAUCGUUAAUCCACACCUUGUAAUUAGAGUGCUAAGGUGUGAUGUGGUGCCAUGAACACACACUAUCAGAAACUUGCAUACGACCCCCAAAACAGGUACCCCCAUCACAACAAAUAUAUCAAGAAGACCUUGGGUCUCCAGUGGUAAAUUCACUAAUGGGGUCAAAGAAAUAAUUACAUAUAUAGCACCAAACUAUAAUUCAUUGUUUGUAUUUCAUUGUAAAUUCCUGAUCAUGAUUUCUGAUUCCUUAUUUUUCUCCAGCUUCAAAAGACCGCCCCCCGCCCAUCAUCCGGCAGGGCCCAUCCAACCAGACGCAGGCUGUGGGGGGGGUGGCCCUGCUGAGGUGCCAGGCGUCAGGGGACCCGGAGCCCACCGUGACCUGGCUGAAGGACGGCCUCAGUCUGCUGGGGAAGGACCCUCGCAUGGCCCUGCUGGAGCCUGGCAGCCUGCAGAUCCAGAGCACCAGGGUGGGUUUAUAGGACUGAUGGUGUACAAACACAAUGCACCCAGUCACAGCAGCAAGCCUCUCCUCCACACUCCACGCUGUGUUCACUCAUGAUUGAUUUGGCCUUGAGUCUGCCUGUCACAGCGGCUUCAUCUCUUUUCUAUUUCUGCUUCUCUACUUUCCUUGCCCUCUUUUCAAUACACUGCCUGUUCUUUGGGGUUUCUCUCUAUUCUCAAAAGCAGGUUGUUAAGGUUUGUGUGUGUGUUUGUCGCUCUUUGUGUGUAUCUGUGAGUGUGUCAUAUUGUUUUUUGAGAGAGAGGAUAGAACAUUUCCCAUCUGAUGUCAGUUGGAUGUAAUUCAAAUGGACAAGUGCAGUCAUGUUGCUUUUAAAGAUGAAUAGAGGGUAUUGAUUUGUAUGUCAUUUAAAGCUGUCGUUUAAAGCCAGUCUCCUGGGCAACGGUUAGAGAUGCUCUAACUCAUGGACAGUGAUUGGGGGUGGGGGAGUGUAACCAUGUACAGCACCAUAUCACCACCAUCAAAGUGUGUGUAAGAUGUCUACCUACACACACAUGCAUUCACAUCUGCACGGACACACACACACACACACACACACACACACACACACACACACACUCACUCACACACACACACACACACACACACACACACACACACACACACACACACACACACACACACACACACACACACACACACACACACACACACACACACACACACACACACACACACACACACACACACACACCACCCCUUUAUCUCCCAAAUCUCAUUGGAAUAUCCAUUAGACUGGCCAAAGCUGCAGUCCUCUGGGUUGAUUUAAUAAAUAAACUUAGGGAGACGUGGGUAUGAAAACGGAGGUAGUGAAAUAAGGAGACCGAGAGAAGGGGAGGGAGGGAGUGAGGGGAAAGACAUAAAAAAUUGAGAGAGAAAGGGAAGAGGGUGCAAGAAAGCGAAGGAGAGGGGAGACCGGAAGAGAGGGAACGAGGGAGAGAGAGAGAGAGGGGGGGAGAGAGCGAGGGAGAGGCCAGCUGUCAUCGUUCCCCAGUGUUAAAGCGGCCAGCGUUAAAUAGAUUAUCAUGUCUCUGUUUCACUGUGUCUGUAUUGAUGAUGAUGGGGCUGAGGAUGUGGGGGGCUGACUAGUACUAAAUUAAAUGUAUUAAGAAAAUUAACGUCAGCACUUCAUGGCUCUUUUUUCAUCUUCCCCCGCUCUGUCUUCUCAUUCACACCCACUCCCUCUCCCCUGGGAGUGAGUCAGGCCAAUGGAGGUUAAUGCAUUUUUUGUGUACUGCUGGCUGCCGAGCUCUUUCUAUAGCAGAGGUUCACUACCAAACAAUAUUACUACUAUCAAAAAGGAACACAGGUUUGAAUGAGCAUAUAAAAACCUUUGUUUGUGAGGUGUUGAUUGAUCUGUUCCUCAGCAUAAUAUUUGGUUGGUCAGGUGUAUGACCAUUUUUAUGGAUGGAUGUUUUUUUUAAAAUGUUUUUUUAAAAUGAAAUGGGCAAUUAUUUGAUUGUUUAACUGGCUGGUCAGUGUAGGUUGUGAUUAUCGCUUUGUUCCUCUGUCCUCCUCAGCUGUCUGACUCUGGGCUUUACACCUGUGUUGCCACCAGCUCCAGUGGGGAGACCUCAUGGAGUGCCUUCCUGGAUGUCAGAGGUAUAGUAACAAUCCAUCUUGAUUUACUGUCCCUUCUACCCACCAUUGAUUGAAGCCAUGCACCAAACACAUUCCACCAUUUCUAAUGCACCUUUCUGCUUCAAUCUGCCUUGUUCGAUUUGAUUCAUUUUGAUAGAGCAUCUUCUCCUUUCCUCCCUCUCAGAGUCCAGUGACCUCACAGACACCAUAUCCCACAAUGCCAGUGCCCUCCCAGGGCCUCCCUCUAAGCCAGAGGUUACUGAUGUCACCAAGAGCAGUGUCUCGUUGUCAUGGGAACCUGGACCCGAGGAGGGCGCCCCAGUCUCUUCCUACGUCAUCGAGGCCUUUGGGUACGUCUGGGAACAGUGGCCCCAAGCGAAGCCGCACUAAAUGACCCCAAACUUUCAGAGCAAUGACAGAUGUAUUCGUUUAUGUGGGCAUAAGGGUCACUGCCACAUUCAGGGCAAGCACAAAAAUCCUAGGGAUUUUGCAGAAUAGUUUGCAUACGAGAAAAAUAUACAGUCCAAGAAGGUUGAUCAGGGUCUAUUUGAAUCAGUGUUUAAGUGUUUAGGUUUGGUUUCAGACCAGUCGUGCAGUAUCUUGAUUUUGCUAGGUAAAUUAGCCAAGCGCGAAACAAUAGGACUGUAACUAUGGAGAGCUAUUACUGUAAAAGCUUUUCUUGGCUGGGCUCACUAACACUCUUCCUCUCCACGGUUCUCUGUGAGCAGUCAGCUGGUCAGCAACAGCUGGCAGACUGUGGCCGACCACGUGAAGACCACACAGUUCACGGUCAAAGACCUGCGACCCAACACAGUCUACCUGUUCCUCAUCAGAGCGGUCAACGCCCAGGGUCUCGGAGACCCCAGCCCCAUGUCUGAGCCUGUCCGCACACAAGGUACUUAACCAACCAGGAUGUGCUACAUGCCAACAUGACAUUUGAAAUGGGUUUGAUGGCAAUUAUUGAUGGCAUCUCUCUCUCUCUGUCUCUGUCUGUCUGUCUCUCUGUCUCUCUCUCUCUCUCUCUCUCUCUCUCUCUCUCUCUCUCUCUCUCUCUCUCUCUCUCUCUCUCUCUCUCUGUCUCUCUGUCUCUCUGUCUCUGUCUCUCUCUCAGACAUCAGUCCUCCAGUGCAGGGUGUUGACCAUCGUCGUGUCCAGAAGGAGCUGGGUGAUGUGGUGGCCAGCAUGCACAACCCUGUGGUCAUCAGCUCCACCUCUGUCCAGGUCACAUGGACCGUGAGUACAACUGUUUGGAUUACUUACAAUUGUUUUUGUUGUUGCAUAUCAACAGAGAUGCAGUUGUUAGUUGGUUGAUAGUUUGAGCAUCUGUUGACCAUAUGUAAGACGACUCACUAAAUAAAGCGUAACUAAACAUUUUGACUUGCAGAGCCAAAUGAUUCAUUGAUUUACCAUAUAUGGCACAAUGAGGAACUUGGGUAUGAACCAGAGUGCUUUGUCUCUGUGGUGAGUUAUUAUUCUCACAGAAUCUCCAGCUGAAUAGCGAGAGAGAUGAAACUUGUUUUCCAUGCUGGCUGGAGUACAGCAUUAGGAUCGUUCAGGAACAGAGACAGCUUAGCUAGUCUUUCCAAGCUUCAUAUACACAGUUUCAGUUUUGUUUUUCACAGACAAUGCUGUGUGUCAACCACUGUCUGCGCACACACACACACGCACACAGAGACAGCUUCUGAGAUGGGUGGACUUGGAGUCCAGGGACAGCUGGUGUUCCAUCAAUCUGUGAUCAUUUGGAGUGACGCAGGAAUGAAGACAAAUGUUUCUCACCGUGACAAAUAGAUCACCAUUAGCAGCAACAUGUUGUGUUCACUCUUUUGGAAGCUGUUUGCAGUCAGCUCUUUAUCUGGUGGUUAUUAUUAUUUUCUCCUGGCAAGGUGUCCCAUCUGCCUUCUGGAGAGCACUGCUUAAUGACAGAGGCUCUUCUAUUUCACACAUACUCACAUGCACACACUCCAUAUGCUUCAGCACUGUACGCACCGGUGCCUUGAUGACAUUUUAACAUUAUUAGGUAUCUGGGCUCUUCGAGAUAGGGAUUUGCAUAGUGCAUAGCACCAUUGCGUUGAACAUAUUAUCCAAUGGUAUACUAGUUCAAAACAUGGUAUAUUAAAGUGAACAGUCAACAAUACCACUCUUGUGAAAAUACAAUGAGAUACCAUCUACCAUCUUCAAUUAGCUACAUGAUAAUAUUACUAGUAUGACAUUUCAUUGUAACACAGGCCAGAUUAAAUCCCAGAAUUAGCGUAGGGUUUUCUUCUUCUCUCUCUCCCUCGUUCUUCUCACAUAUUUUUGUUGUCAAGCAAACCCCUUCUCCUAACAUACCCUAGCAUACCUGUCCUAUAAGACAAGGGAAAAGUAAACAGAAUUUGCUUGUUUAUGAUAUUUACUCCCUCUAUGGCUGCAUCUAGCUAGCUGGAUCAGUCAGUUCCAACAGGUAAGGGGGUAGGGGUGGGGGGGUGGGGGGGGGGGAGAGUGAGUGGGUGUCUCCCUAAGGUUUAUUCAUAAAGAUUUUGGAUUCACGAAUCAUUUCGUUAAUGAAAUGCAAACAGGCGCCCGUAGAGGCAGAGCGUUGGCAGCGCGUCGCCAUGAUUUAUUUGGACUGGGCUAAGGGUAAACAGCUGCUUUAUUUGGCCUGUAAAAGCUUUCGCUUGCUUCUGCCCCUGUUAACAACCCAUUACUGUGAGUUAUGUUGCACACUCCCUCCCCAGACCCCACCACUGCAACUUUACCCCGCCAUAGUAACGGGAUAUGUUUACAGAAAAGGAUAAUGCAUGGUUUUAAUCCACUCUGUCGGGGUCAAGUGUAAGAGCUUUGUAGCUCUCUCUUUUGAUGGUUUGGUCGGCAUGUGCUCUAUUUAAAUGGGCAGUAAGUAGUUACUAUGACUCAAAGUCGAUAGGAUUCAGCUAAUGUUGAAGAAGAAAUGUUCUUGUAACAUUACUCUAGUUAUUGAAAAAUCCCUUUCAAAAUCCACAAUAUAAAUCAUCACCCCCUUCCUACCCUCUUUCUCUCUCUCUUUCUCUCCCUCAGGUGGAGAACCCUUCCCAGUUUAUCCAGGGCUAUCGUGUUCUGUACAGGCAGACAUCAGGGCUGCCCUCCCCGGGGGCCUGGCAGGUGCAGGACCUCAAGGUUCCCUCUGAGAGAGACGUGGCUCUGUCUGGCCUGAAGAAGGGUGUUGUCUAUGAGAUAAAAGUCCGCCCGUACUUCAACGAGUUCCAGGGAGCAGACAGUGAAUCAAUGACAGCACGCACCUUGGAGGAAGGUAAAGGACCGUUACCGACUCAAUAUGUGUAGCGAUGCAACAAAAAGACAUUGCCAACUGUGUAGGAGGUCUUAUUUUCACUUUGUCAAAAACUUUUGAAAUUGUUUUACAUCAAUGCUACUUGUGUGCUACGUCUGGUAAUGGCAACAUACCUUGAAGCUGAUACAGAAUAUCAUUGUACACACCCACACACGCACUCUCUGCAAACAAACAUCAGAAAACUCAAGAGAAGACACACAAACACUGAGUAUUGUGGUGGCAUCUUCCCUGUGGCAGAUCUCCCAGACAUCUCAGCUCUGUAGGGGGGUAUGACAGGCCUUUUAGUCUGUGGGGGGGCCUGUCUCCUGUGACACCAGCUCAAACAUCUUCCUGCUUCUCUCCCUGCGCCUCUCCCUGUUCAUGUCUCUGCUCUCUCUGGACCCCUGCUGUCACAUCGCCUGCCAUGCCCCUGUCGCAUACAACAUUCAUACUAUGACUUUAUGAUUUUACCUCCCUCCACCUCGCUCUGUCUUUCUUAGUUAUUGCUUUCGGUCGUCUUUCGGGAGGGCGGGAGGGCGGUUGAUGUACUGGUGGCGGGAUGUAGGGGACGUGGGGGGGUUUGUGAUAAGAGAGAGAGAUAUCAUAUCUGCGAUAUCUUCUCUCGCUGAGCUCUCUCUGAUCUCUCCCUCGCUAUGCUCUCUACUCUUCUAUCACUCAGCCCCCUCUCCAUCUCUCCACCUCUCCAUCCUACACAUGCAUAAAUCAAACGUUCACUUACAGCAAAUCAAACAUUGAUGUCAGUCAGAGAUUUGAACAGAAGCUCAAGUUACAUUGGCGUCUCAGGUUAAGAUUCAGCCCUGUGUGAGUGGUUGAUUAAUUGGGGCCAGCAGCGUUCAGGCUGCUUUUUAUUCCUUGUGUCCAUUAACCCAAUUAGGCCCACACAGGAGUUGUUAUCCAAGUGUAACGCUCUGGGCAUGUUCAGUCCGUGUAGCCAGUUCUCUCCAGACCUAGGGUCCUUCUGGAGAAAUCUACUGUAUCCACGGUAGCCAGGUGGCUCAGAGGCCAGCUGGUAAAUGAGACUGUUGUGUAACGUCCCACCUGGCUAGCCACAUUUCACUGAGAAACAAUCCAAUAGCUGAUUCACAUGGAUCUUCCACUGACUGUAUAAUGCCAUUACAAAAUGUAUGGCUUCUCAGUUGAGUUAAGUCCUGAGUUAACCCAACCAAUCAAUCUGAUUUAAAUUAGUUGUGCCUUGGGAAUACAGAGAUGGUAGUUCAGAGUAUUAAGUUGCUGUAGUGUUCUGAAUGAAUGAAUAAUAAACCUCCAACACUAUAGAAACAAUAGGUCUAUGUGUUAAACUGUCCUAUAGUCAUGCUGUUAGCAUGCAUGUGUCUCCUAGCUGUUUGAAUCCCCAUACAGCCUUUGAAGGUGACUGGUCUGAGUGGUCUGUCAGCCCACACUGGGGAUCAGCAGUGUUUUGUCGAUCUAAACCGAUUGGACAUGGGGUUGCCAGAGUGUCACUUGGCACGCGACGCGGCACGCAGCAGGUCACAUUUCUGCCGGUGAUACAUCACAGAGCUAAUGGCCUUAUUAGCAUCUCCUUCAUUACUGUUCACCACAACGGAGUGCUUUCAUUUAGCUCAGAUAUGCAUAAUGUGCUGGUUUAGCAUCCCGAGCGCAAACGUGUGACUGCGCAUGAUGGGGGAGGCGGCGUCAGUCGCUGGGCUCGGGCCCUUCAUCACAGGCCCAUACUUUACUCUGUCUGGGGUACACGUGCCAGUCUGCUCUGCUCUGUUUUGGAAGGGCACAGUGAAUCGGUUAUUGGUAUGUUUAGUAAGGCUGUAUGGAAUUUCACCAGGCAAUGAAGAGUGAUUGGAUCUUGGAAGUUCAACAGCCAAUAGUAUUGUUUGGCAUUAGAUAUUGUAACUAGAUGGAUUAUUAUAGUAGAUUCACCUAAACCUACAAAGGCACCAAGAGACCUCUGGUACUGCUACUCUGCCAGGAAAAGAGAUUAAAAGGAAUGAGAAAUGAUUCAGAGAAAGACUUAAAUAUAAGGGAUGAAGGUUGGAGAGAGGAAGAUAAAGAGAGAUAGAGUCUGGAAGCAGGAAGUGUGGAGAGUGGAGUCAUUAUUUCUGUAUGUUGUGGUGGCUCUCCCAAGCUCAUUUUUUAACACAGUGGCAUUGUGCCUUACUGCUGCUACAGAGACAGCCUGCCUCAUUGAACUACUCUUUAAAUAUAAAUCAAGGCAGUGCUCUCUGUUGUUCUCUGGUGGACAGCAACAGCAGGCAGCAGCAGUUCUCUAUUGGAAUGUGAAUAUGUGGUUGAUAUGUUUUGUUUUGUUGUGUCUCCCCAUGCAGCACCCAGUGCUCCUCCUCAGCAGGUGACAGUGCUGACAGUGGGGAACCAUAACAGCACCUCCAUCAGUGUGUCCUGGGACCCCCCUCCCACAGACCACCAGAACGGCAUCAUCCAGGAGUACAAGGUAGGCAGCAGCAAUCUGUAUUCUAUAUGUUGAGAAAAUAAAGGCUCUGGUAUACAGCUUUACUGUAUGUGUGUUGUGUACAAAUGUUGAUAUUACAAGACAUUUGGUAUCAACUGUCUCUCGCCACGAAUUCCUGUCCCUGUGUGUGUGUGUGUGUGUGUGUGUCUGUGUGUUAGAUCUGGUGCCUGGCGAACGAGACACGUUUCCAUGUGAAUAAGACGGUGGACGCGGCCAUCCGUUCCGUGGUGGUGGGGGGUCUGCAGGCAGGGGUGCAGUACCGUGUAGAGGUGGCGGCAGGCACCAGCGCCGGGGUGGGGGUGAAGAGCGAACCCCAGCCCAUCAUCAUAGGUAACACACACAGGGUCUGAGGCAACACACAUAAUAGCAGGGAACCCUAAUCUGACUCACAGACAGGGGGUCUGGGAAAAUGAUUGAUCAAUUUAUCACACUUGGUAAAAAUAAAAUUGUGCAUUGUCGGAGAUCACGUGUACUGCUCGAAGCUGAAGGUUCACUGAGUUCUGUAAGGUGGGCUCCAUUCAUAGUGAUCUAUCAGGAAAUCAAUAGCAUUUCAUUUAGUGUAGUGUCCAGUAACAGUGUGGUGAGUGCUGUUAGCCAUAUCAAUAAUCCUCCUCGAUAUCUGUGCGGCCAGCGCUAACAAAGUAGACAGUGUUAUUGGGGUGGGCUUAUCAGCCUAUCACAUCUUAUCAAACAGCUGAAGGAUGCGCUGAGUAUAUAGGCCUAAAAUCAAUAGCAGAGCCAGGCCAAACGCUCUUCAUCCGUGACUUUUGACUGAUGUGUGGGGAAAAUAUCCUUAACGGCCACAGAAAGGCAAACAGAGGCCUGUGGACUGAGGCUUAAUGACUGGGGCUGGGGCUCCUGCUCACGCUGGAGACUGUGAAUCUAAUUUCACAGCACAGUAGCUGCAGCAGAAAAUCAAACUCUGUCUGAGCUGCUCUGUCAAUCUCCCGUCUCGGAGCUCAAAUUGAUGAGAGCGCUGCUGAAUUGAUUAACUCUCUGCCAACAUAUUGCAGUUGUUUUAUGCUUUCGAUGGUGUGUUUUUUUUAUUUGAUAUUGUUUAUCUAUAGUGUUGUUUUUACCCUAGAAAAUAACUGUAACGUGAUUGUACCUUUCUUACAGAAUUUCUUGUUUUUAACUCAUGUAGUAGAUUUUGAUAUUAACUAUCGAUAAACAUAGAUUUUUACUCAUUUUUGAGAGAUGUUAGCCAUUGACUGGUUUGGGUCUACUGGACAACAAAGCGCUAUCCAUCCACCAGAUGCCAUGGUGUCCCUCUGACGGGUGUCUCCUGUCCCCUGCUGUCUGUCCCCAGGUGCAGAGCUGCGUGAUGUGAUCACGGGGGCUGAGGGCAACAACAGCAUCUCAGACGUGGUGAAGCAGCCGGCUUUCAUCGCUGGGCUGGGAGGGGCCUGCUGGAUCGUCCUCAUGGGCUUCAGCGCCUGGCUGUACUGGAGGAGGAAGAAGAGGAAGGGCCUCAGCAACUACGCAGGUCAGAACCACUAUACUAUUACUGAUAUAGGCCUGAGUAAUAUCAACACAGAUCAAAAACACUAUACAGAAACAUUACAGUGAAGACUAGCUUUCCCAACUGCCUUUAGAGGACGUGUCUAGGAUGAGUUAGUGGAAUCCCAGGUGAGAGACAGAGCUGUUUUGGCUGGAUGGUGUAUCAUUUAAUGCAGAACAAAGGCAAAGAUAUUCACCUCAGACAGAAAUAUGCCUUCUUUGUUUUAAUCCAUUGUGCACCUAGGUGCAUCGGCUAUGAACACAAUCCCAUCAAAACUGCACCAUAACACUCAAAUACACACAUUUGAAAUAAGUAAUUCACAUUUCCUUACAUUAUGGGACCGUGACCUAUGUUGUUCACACAUUAGCCGUAAAUGCAUUCUCCAGAUUUAGGUAUGCAAUUUUUCGUUUGGCCCUCCGGGGGUGAUUUUAGCAUGUUGCUGUGGAAUAUUCUCAUUAUUUGUAUUGCAAACACCAUGCUUCAGUGGCUGGGGUGGAAACCAUAGUGAUUACCGAAUCCAAUAGUUAUUUGCUUUAUUCACCAGCGCUCCUAUGAUCCCUCCUCUCCUCAGAGCAAAUUCAUCUUCAACAUGCAGUUCAAUGUUUCUGUCUCGUUUUUGCUGCCUGCUUUGUAUCUGUCACCCAGCCAACCUCCAUACUCUGUCACAUUUUUCUUGAUAAAAAUGUAUCUACCAUUGUCAAAAGGAUGUCUUUUUAUGUCUAUGGUUGUGUUCGUUUGUUUAUGCUGAUGUUGCAUCGACUGUCUACAGUGUCGAUAGGCUUUUAACACACACUCUCUCUCUCUGUCUUUUUUGUUGCAGUUCAGUCCUUCACCUUUACCCGUGCAGGUAUUAGCCAUUUGUCCUGUCUUCUCACCUUAGUUUGGAUGUUGGACUGUAGCACCAGAAUAUAUUUAAGAAAAAUAUAUACCAGCUUGAAACACAUUCAAUGUUAACAGAGCACUCUUCUGAUUAAAAUUCUUCCUUCUCUCUCGCUCUGCUCCCUGCCAUCUCUCUCUGGUUGGACCUCAGUGACGUUUCAACGAGACAGAGGCCUGAUUGAAAAUGGAAGGUGAGGACAAACAAAAUCCUUAUUAAGUCACUCAACCACUCCCAUCACUCAAACACAUUGUAAUGCCAUGGUCUUUGAUUACAGUAACAAAAAAAACAUUAGAAGUGAUGAUCCAUCCCUUGUGGAACAACAUGGAUGCUGGUGUGAUGAUAGAACAUAUCAGUCUGUAAUGAUCAACCUUCACGGAGGGUACAGAAUCAUAGGAAUAUGAAUAUAUCAGUUAUGAUGAAUGAACUCCCUAUAUGUUCCAACACUCCCCCACUUAUUCAUCAUGGCGCAACACGUGCGUUGAUGUAUCGAUUGAUUGAGUCAUCAAUCACUCCCGUGAAAUUAUCAGAAACAAUUAAUGCGGGCAGAGCAGGUUUUUUUAUUGGCUCGUUCAUCUGUGCGGCGGGGCCGGUGGCGGCGUUGCCAGGGGGGUGAUGAAUUUGCCUGUCGACACGCGGGGAGCGGCGCUGCUCACGGCACGCCUCCAGAAUGCAAGCAUAUGUUACGAUGUAAAGAGAUAAUGGCCCAGGGGAGUGGGGCUGGAGAGGAGACUCCCCAGUCCCACUGAACCCCAGGCAGGCAGGCAGACACUGCAGUAUAGGAAUGUAGAGUACCCCUGUCGUCUACUGCUACUUUAGUCUGGUCUGCCUGACAGAGCACAGAGAUACGUAGCCUAGCUCUGAAUAUCACUGGGUGAAAAUCACAUAUUCCUCUCCCUCUCUCUUUCCUUCUCUCUGCUUUCUUGUCCAUUUUCUCUCUCCUCUCUCUUUCUCUCCUUUGUCACACCUGAGCAGGCAGAUCCCGCCCAGAGCUGAUACAAAUGCAGCCAAAAAAUACGCUAAAAAUAAACUGUGUUGUGUUGCCUGAGCCAACGAGUGUGUUUGUGUGUGUAUGUGUGCGUGAAUGCGCACGUGUGUGUGUGUAGGUUAUUGGAUGUGUGCGUCUGUGUAAAUUUGUGGGAACAUGCCUGUGUGAUUUUAUAUGGAAAUUACUGUCAUAAUUGUUUAAACACAUUUGAGCCAUCACAAGUCAUACAAUGCCCUGGGUGCUUGGCAGACCUAGCUUAAAGGGAAAUCCAUUUGAGGACUUCUGCAUUAAUUAACCAAAUGCAAACAAAGGCAUGUGACUGAAGCCUCUCUACAUACCAACUGCUAGAUAAGGUUAUAGUUAAUAGCACAGAUAUACAGUUUAGAAAAAUACAUUUUCUCCUCCUAGUAACAAAAUAAAAAAACAGUAUUUAUUUCAGGAGUGAAAUUGCCAGUUUCCUGUGCAAUAUGAGAGGGGUGGUUUCACCAAAACAGCCUAUGAGCGUUGCCAUGUGUGUUGCUAUGGAGACGUUACCCCACCACCCCGUGCUGGCAGGCUAACCGCCAGAAGGCCCUCCAUGAUUCAAAAUGUAAAAUGUAAAUGUCUGUAGUGCUGGGCUCUAAAAGGGAUUUAAUGUCUGUGCGUUUAGUCCUGGUCCGUUUCUCUAGGGGGUGUUAGGGGCGCUAAAGCCCAGCACUGAUUUAUAGACUUGUCAGUUUUUUAUGUCUCUCUGUUUGUUUAUUGUUGCCUCUGCUCCAGGCUGCUCCAGAGGAGCAGAUAUGCUGAAUGAGGUUUCACAGCAAUUUGUUGUUGAAGCAGUCGGUAUAACAUAAUGUGCGAAAAUGAAUAAUAUUGCUGGGAUUCAGAUGGCACCAGAUGUUUUCCUAAUAACAAUCUCUCUCUCCCUCCCUUCCCUCUCUCUCAUUCUUCUCCGUCCCUCUUCUCUCUUUAUCUCUAAAAACAGUCGUCCUGGUCUACUGAAAGCCGGUGACCCAGGAUUCCCCUGGUUGGCUGACUCCUGGCCCUCCACCAGCCUGCCAGCCAACGGGGGCUUGGGAGGUCCCAAGGACCGGGGUAACUUUGGUCGUGGAGGUAAGAAAACAUAGAUAUCACCUCUGGUCAAACAGAACCAAACCCAGAGAACUAGAGAAUGGAGGUUGAGAGAAGGCUGACCCAGACCGUCCCAGUUGACCACGGUGUCACACAAUGCCACAGCCCCACAGUGAGGCCAGAGGUCAGAGGUCAUGUGCCCAGGGUGUGCCCAGAGUGAGAGGCAGUGAAUACAUGUAUGAGCUGCAUGCAUUAUUCAGUGUGGAGGGUAUCCCUCAGCAGGCACACUGACAGGCCGUCACACACACUCCGGACUCUCAGUCUCUCUGGAUCACGCUACCUAGCUCAUCACUAUUGGCUUCAAAAAACUGACACGAACUUUGAUGAGAAUGUGUGUGUGUUUCUUCUGCCUAUGCAUGAUUGGUUAAAUACGCUUGUAAACUAGAUGUCUUCUUGUGGCGGUGUGUGUUUCUGUGUGUGUGGGCGUUUGAGAUGGAGAGAUAGUAUGUGUGUAUUGGUGCCAUUUUCCUGUAGCUCGUUUAGCUCCCACCAGGUUGAUGAGUGGCCCCGAGCCCCUGUGGGUAGAGCUGAAGGUCAGCCGUUUGUGACGGGCCCUUUCCCUGGACACAGCUCUGGGCCCCUACAGGGCAUUGCAUGGCGACGUGAUAAUUAUCCUGCUAGCUAAUCACUUUGAUUCAUCUCAGCUCGAUUGUGGUCAGUUGAACUAACACAGGGAGCCUACCGCUGGAGCAGGGAGUGCUAAUGUGUUAAACACUGACCUUAAAGAUUGGUCACUUUAUCUCUCCAUGCAUCUCUGUCUGUUUCCUAAUCUCUCUCUCUCAUCUCAGAUGUGCUACCCUCCGGAAUGGGUGAGAAGACAGGUACCAUGCUGACUGACGGUGCCAUCUACAGCAGCAUAGACUUCACAGGCAAGGCGGGCUACAGCAGCCCAGCACGGGGCAGCCAGGCCACGCCCUACGCCACCACCCAGAUCCUGCAGUCCAACAGCUUCCAUGAGCUGGCUGUGGACAGACCAGACCCCCGCUGGAAGGCGUCCCUUCGAGCUCAGCAGGAGAUUGCCAACCUGGGCUACUCACUGACCAACGGACGCCCCUGCAACGGUAGCAACUGCAACACUAGGGAAACAUAGGGAGGGGAUGGGCAGGGUAGUGAUUUUGAAUGUGUGCAUGUGUUCUUGGAUUUGUGUAUGCUCCAAAGGAAGCCCUAAAACAUAGCAUCAGAUCUCCCUAGAUUGUAACAUCGUGUGGAUGGUCAGUCACGGAGUGAAGCUUAGCAUUCAUUAGAUGGCUUUAUGGAAUAACAAUAGGCUUUAAGACUAGGAGGGAAAGAGAGAGAAAGAUAGGGAGAAAGUGAAAGUCUGGAAACCACUGGCGUACCGGACACUCUCACAAGGUGGGGGGGGGGGCCCACGAGCUGUGGGGGCCCAUGCACCCGUCAUCGACAAAUAUUUUUUACAUUUAAUAAAUCAUUUUGACAGUAACCCUCCAAAAAGUUAUUCAUAAACCUUUUUAAUUUCCAUAUGUACUAGGAAGCUACAUUUUUCUUUCUUGGGCUUCAAGAACUUGCCUCAGGCCUUGAAAAAUGUACUAUUGAACUAAUUGAAAGUAAGGGGAUAUCGGUGAACAAAUGUCGUGGUCAAGGCUAAGACGGCGACAGUGCAAUGAGUGGAGCUUACUCAGGUGUUCAAAGCGCAUAUCAGACCGAGAGCCUAAUGCUUCUUAGGUAGUUCUUUAUUAGUUUUAGUUUUGAAAACGAUCUAUCCACAAAAUCGACAGCUACAGGAAUGGUUAAAAACAGCUUGAUUGCCGUAGCAACAUCAGAGAAACUGGGCAGAAGGGAGUGGUGCUUCAAAUACAGCAGUUCUGCAACAUCUUUAAUUAAGCCUCUCAUUCUCCUUAAUUGCCGGCCUCAACACGUUACGGAAAGAUAUUAACUGUAGGCUAUAGGAAGCUCUGGGGCAUUUGAAUUGUGUGGUUGCAAUAUCAACAGUCCCUUAUCUCUGGAAUAUCUUGGCAUUCAUCAUUCAAGACUAAGUUUAAAUUGUGUGCAGCGCAAUGGACAUAUAAUGCAAAUGUCUCCGGAAAGAAUGUCUGGGAUGGCAAUACUCAGUACAGAAAACAGUCGGGUCCACAACCUGGACCUACAGGCCAUAGUGAGUCUCUCAAGUUGGAUUUAAUUUAAUUUGAUUACAUUUAAUUUACCUUAUAUUGCAGCCCAUUUGUGUAGGCUAUUAGCCAGACAAAACCCGCUGAGUUCAACAAUAAAUAGUGGCUGAAUUUGUCCUCAAGCCGACUACUUUCUUCCUCAUUGUUAGGCUAUUUGAUGUGUAAUUUUUAUAAAGGGUUUAUAAUAGCAGCUAAAUAGCAGCUAAAUACUGUAUAUAGCUAUAGAUAGUAGGCUACACUGCAUAAUGAAACAGUCCCUAGUAAGCUAGUGUUUUGAGGGUGGACUGACUGUAUUAUUUGGCAUUAUUAGACUGGUUUUACACACAACAACUUUUUAUCCAAGCUGGGAGAGUGUGCGAGGAAGGCUCAUGUCAUGCAGGUUCAGGUACGCUAUACAGGACAGUUGUGUAUAUAUAUUAAAAAAAACAUAAAAAAAUGGUUGCUGAUUAGUAUGCUGUUGUAUUGAAAAUACAUUUUACAAUCUGCAAUGUUUGAAUUUCCAACUUUAAUUACUGAACAAGUAAUAACAUUAUUGCCACCAGCCAGGAGUCUAAAUGGCAGCCUAGUGACACUGUGUAUACUGUAACUUCAUGAAAUGUUAGGCUUAACAUGAGACAAUUACAUCCAAAUAGCUCUACCAUUAAACAUUUCUCCAUUAGCUAAAGCAAAGCUAUAUGCUACAUGCCCUGGCACCACAGAAAGCCUAUCAUCCAUUCGAUAGGCAGCCGCAUAGACAUAUCGCAACUUCAGUGACAUGGACAGCGAUCGGUAGUCUAGACUUUGUGAGUAGCUGUCUGGCUGACGCAUUCGAUUUUUUAUUUGGUGGGGUGGCGAACUCCGACCUUGCCGGGAGGGUCCAGAGAAACUGCGUUAGGCCAGUGCUGGAAACAAUAGAUGAAGAGAUGUAUUUUCAGUGGAUUGAUUAGAAAAGAGAGUUGAAUGUUGAGUUCAGUAGAGAGAGGAGACAGGGAGAGCACAAACAACAAGUUAGAGAGGGAGAGAGAAAGGGGGAAGCAGAGAGAGGGGGAUGAGGGGGAUGUUAUAUUUACAUUUUCAUUGUAAAUGGACCCUGAGGAUAUAGUGGUUAAUCGCUCCUCUCUUCAUGUCAAUUUUUACUCCUCAGCCUCAGGAGUUUUCUACCCCAGAAAUGUCAGAAAAUGAAGGCAUAUUUAUUUGGAUUAAUUUGAUUAGCCGAGGCAGGGAUUCCUUUGUGUUUUGACCCGUGGAUAUUCAAUUAGCUUGGCUUUGCCGAGCAGAGCCGUGUUGUAGGGAGAGUCUCAGUCAGUCUGUCUGUUGGUCGGUCAGCCGGCCAUUCUCCUGCGUGUUUUGGGCUGUAUGCUCAGCUGAGUGCUGGUUAACUGAGAGAGAUAAGGAACAGAGAGGAAGAGGAAGAGAGGGAAUGGACAGAGGGAGGGAGCCAGCCUGCAGCUCCGGGCCCCAGGUCUCAGUGCCUCUUUAAGAAAUCGAGACUUUGGGCCUACAAGCUUAUAUCUGACAUUUUUGUAAAAAAUGUGUUAGUCAUAUAAUUGGUCUUUAGAUGGUUCUUAAAAUAUCUGUGAAGUUAUUUAAAAGUACAUUUUAAGUGAAAAAAAUGAAAAACUAGAAAGUUUUAUCUGCAUAAACUCAUUUGAACUUGGCACUAUAAGGUUCUAUCUGCAAUCCAAUCACAAGCCUGAACAUAUACAGACGAACCAAUCAGAACACGUCUUUGCCAUCUCACUCUAAGUAUGGUUUAGUCUAGCCAGCAAUAAUGGCACUCAAGCAAAAUAAAACUGUCAGAAGUCUUUAAGUAAUCCCGUGUAGCUCCGUUGGUAGAGCAUGGCGCUUGCAACGCUAGGGUUGUGGGUUCGAUUCCCACGUGGGACCGGUAUGAAAAAAUGUAUGCACUCACUAACUGUAAGUCACUCUGGAUAAGAGCGUCUGUCAAAUGAAAAAGUAUAUUAUGUUGUUACAUCGUUGUUCAGUGAUGACAGUAAUUCGUCUGAUUAUCAUAAUAUAUUUCUUCAUGUAUUUGAUGGUGUUCUAUCUUGAUAAAAUAGUGUUAUUCUAUCAAUGAUGUAUUCAAAUAGCUACAGUUUUCUUAAAAACGGAACAUGUCUACUAAUUCAGAAGUGUCAGAUAGAACCUUUUGGCUGAACCCAGAUUUACAUUUCAGAGCCAUAAUGUUCUUUCUGCAAUUGCACCCCCCUAAAAAAACGGAUUAAAAAAUGUCACAGGAGUUUGAUACUCUUCAUUUUAGGUACCUUUUAAGGUGAGGAUCUUAAUGGGUUGUGAAAGCAACAUUUACUACAAAACAGUUCUGAUAUCUGGGAUGUGAAAACUUUGAUGCUCAAUAUCUCAGAACUAUGCUUUGUGCAAAUAGAAUAGUCCCAAGGUCACAAUAGUCCCAAGUCCCAAGGUCACAAUAUGUCAACAUAGAGGAAAAGUCUUAGUGCUCCGUCAGCACACUGAGAAGAGAGAAAUAAUGAGAGCCAGGUGGGGGAGAAAGAGAGGGAGAUGAUAAAAUAGCUUUGCAAGCGGCAGUGUGUGUGUGUGCGUGUGUGUGUGUGUGUGUGUGUGUGUGUGUGUGUGUGUGUGUGUGUGUGUGUGUGUGUGUGUGUGUGUGUGUGUGUGUGUGUGUGUGUGUGUGUGUGUGUGUGUGUUUGAACCCCAUGGGGUGGGAAAUAGUAUCAGCUCAUUAAAACCCACAGCUUGGGGGCUGUAGGGAUAUCUCUACAUUGUGAGGCAAAGACCGGGCUGAUAAGAUCAACUAUCUUCCCUCUCUCUCUCUCUUUCUCUUUCUCUCUCUCCCUCCUCAGGUGGAAAGGGCGGCAAGAAAAAGAAGUCGAAGGGUGGGUCGAAGACCUCCAAAUCCAAUGGGUCCUGUUGGGUCAACAUGCCCCUGCCUCCCCCACCCAUGCACCCUCUGCCAGGCACCGAGGUGGACCACUACCCCCUAGAGAACCAUGGAGGAGGGUAAGAUAAUAUGCUCUCUGUCUCCACACACAUGUAGACAUACCAGACCUGGGUUCAAAUACAUGUGUUUGAUUAUUUGUUAUUUAAAUACUUGUUUUCUGUGUAUUUGAGUAUUUUCAAAUAAUGUGGCCCGAAUCAACUACUUCUAUUUCAAAUAAUUACUUAAAGUAUUUCUAAAUACAUUAUUUCAAAUACCAAGCAGACCUGGGUUCAAAUGCAUGGGAGUAUUUAUUUUUGUAUUUGAAAAUACGUUGUGUAAUACUACGUGCCAAUACAUUCCAAGUGUAUAUCCAAAUCCAUUCCAAUAUUACUACUGUACAUUACUAUUACUGUAUAUAACUAUUGUGGGGGUUUUUAACACACAAAAAAAACGUACUUUAAAAUGUAUUUGAUAGUCAUUGAAAUACCAUAAAUAGUAUUUUGAUACAUGUACCUAUAAACAUCCUAUCAUGAUGCUACACCGGAAGUGAAAUAAUAGCAAGGAGCACAUGUAGCCUUUCUUGUCUACUGGGGAUCUGAGGUCUGUCAGUGAGCCACUGAGAGCAAAGAAAACCCUCUCCUAAUUGGCUGUAACCAGCGUCGCUUUCUGACUCUCCUGGAACUCUCCUCUAUCUCUAGCUGUGUGUGCGUGUGUGUGUGCAUGUGUGUGUAUGUGUACUAAAGGAGAGGGCUAAGCACAGACUAGCAGCAGGCUGUUAGAGGGGGUAGUGCGCCAGUGCUGAUUGAGCUCCUGGUGCCUGCACUUGUCAUACUGAGGAAACAGCCAUCUUCAUUACUCUGCUUGGUAUUGCAAGAAAAAUACACUGUUUUUGUCACAGGCGUUUUUUGGAAAGAGGGCAGUGGAAAAACCUUGCCCUAGAUAUUGGGGGUAAUAUAAUGAGGUUAGGACUGUUGCUGUGCAAGGACAAAUGUAAGAUUUCAAAAUUAUCAUAUUAUCAUACUUUCCUUGGGAAUCUGAGGAAGUUGAGAUAUACUGAGCAUACAAAACAUUAGGAACACCUUCCUAAUAUUGAGUUGCACCCCCCUUUUGCCCUCAGAACAGCCUCAAUCCGUUGGGGCAUGGACUCUACAAGGUGUUGAAAGUGUUCGACAGGGAUGCUGGCCCAUGCUCACACAACUUGACAGUUGUGGGUGGUGGACCAUUCUUGAUACACACGGGAAACUGUUGAGCGUGAAAAACCCAGCAGCAUUGCAGUUCUUGACACACUCAAACCGGUGCGCCUGGCACCUACUACCAUACCUAAUUCAAAGGCACUUAAAUAUUUUUUCUUGCCCAUUCACCCUCUGAAUGGCGCACAUACACAAUCCAUGUCUCAGUUGGCUCAAGGCUUAAAAAUACAUAUUUAACCUGUCUCCUCCCCUUCAUCUACACUGAUUAAAGUGGAUUCAACAGGUGACAUCAAUAAGGGAUCAUAGGGAAUUCAUCAGGUAGGUCUAUGUCAUGUUCCUAAUGUUUUGUACACUCAGUGUAUUUCUGCCUAAACCCUUGGGGUGUGCACAUAUGCAUACAUAUCUUGCAGGCAGUCUCAAGCAGCUUUGGCUGGUUCACCACCACUUAUAACAAAACAGCAUGUGGUUAGAUCUUGUCAUUUGAUCUCAGCACCCCAUUCCUGCCAGUCACUUUGUAAUUACAAACUGCAGACAAUCUGUGUAAUUCCCUCUCUCCCUCUGCUGAUUGAUAGAACAUCAGAUAACAGUGUGUUUAAUGGUCUGGCAAAAUACAAACCAGUAAAAAAAUAAUCGGAUUUGUCUGUUGGCUAAGCUUUGUCUCGUAACCAGUGUAUAACACUGAGAGCAAGUCACUGUGCACUAGCAGUAACACACUUACAUCGAAUUCUAAGCACCAUAAGCUGCAUCUGCACAGGCAGCACAAUUAGGAUAUUUUUUCCACUAAUUGGUCUUUUGACCAAUCACAUCAGAUCUUUUCACAUCAGAUAUUUUUCAGAGCUGAUCUGAUUGGUCAAAAGACCAAUUAGUGGUAAAAAAUAUCAGAAUUGGGCUGCCUGUGUAAACACAGCCAUAGACACACACGUCCACAGUAUAAGGUUUUAGGUUUUAGCCUGAAUUACUCACAUUCUCGUUCCCUACAUAUUGUAGGUAUGACAGUGACAGCUGGGCCCCGCCCAUUCCUGUCCAGACCUACCUCCACCAGGGAUUGGAUGAUGAUCUAGAGGAGGAGCGAGUGCCCACCCCGCCCCUCAGGGGAGUGGCCUCCUCCCCGGCAGCAGCUCCCUACAGCCAACCGUCUUCCUCCUCCCUAAGUUCCACCCACCACGAAGAGAUGCAGUCCAUGCUGCAGGCCCACCUGGAUGAGCUGACCAGAGCCUACCAGUAUGAAGUGGCCAAACAGACGUGGUGAGGAGGCGAGAACUUACUGUGGAUCUGUCAGUGUAUUUUUUUCUUCCUUUGGGCUAUACCUCACAACUUUCUAUGUAGUCUCUUCUCAAAGCCGCUGUGAAGUGUGCGGAGCACCCCGAGUCUGGCGAGAGAGACUCCUUUCUAUGUAUCCAUAAGACAUGAUAUGACACAACAAUUGACCUUGCUGCAUGGUUAGGAUGCAUUAUGUAUCCACUUUCCACAGUGAAAUGAAAAGAUAAGUACUGUACUUUGUGUUCUUUUGAAUUGCCACCGGUACUUGUUUGACUUGUCUAAAUUGCCUAUGAUAUUUCAAUCAUGAGACAUUCACCUGGCAAUUUCUGCUUUGCACUGUGAAUGAAUGAGCUGUCAUUCUCUAGAAUUGAGCUGGACGCUUUUGCAUAUCAAUAGCCAAUAGUCUUGUUGACUGUUUCAUAUUGGUGUGGUAUUUAGGUAUGUCAUCCUAACCCCUGGUUUCAUGUUGCAUGUGAGCGAUAAAAACAUCCCUUCAUUGAUUACACCUCUAACAGGCAUUGGGAAACGUGUCAUGUCAGUAGGAACAUGUGUUGAGGGGGUAAUGAUGGAGUUUGGCCUAGCGUGCUGCUCUGACAACAGGAAGAAGAGCUGCUAAUUACUCCUCCGUAGAGGGGCGAGGCAUCAGAGGGGACAGCGGUGGGGGAGAUAACAGACACGUUACUGACAACCCUGCCCAGCCCGCCAUUCUUCUUCCUUCACCCAGACAAUUACCAGUCCAUUGUGUUAGUGCUAACACGAGCGUCGCGGAAUGAAUGUGCACAUGGAUGUGAAGAGAAAAUAAUGAAUUCAAUCUCCCACACAAACACUCACCCAUACUGAACGAGGCCCUAGUACUGCACUCUGGCAUUUGGUUGUUCAGGGACUUGUGUUUCAGCAUUUACGUCCUGUCUGUUUGUGUCUUUAUCUACUGCUCAGUGUCCAGUCUCAGUGACAUAACAUGUUCCCUCAUGUUCUAUACAGGCAUAUGAAGGGCAGCCCACAACCGCCCAAGGCCCCUGUCCCUCCGAUGGGCUAUGUGUCUAGCACGCUGGGGUCUGACCUGGGGACCAACCUCCAGUGUGAGGAAGAAGAGGAGGAUGAAGGCUACGGAGUGUCACGUCAGCUCUGUGGCUUUGACUACACUGCUGGACUCAGCAUGGACAACCUGGAGGGCUCAGGUGAGACACACACACACACGCACACACACACACACACACACACACACACACACACACACACACACACACACACACACACACACACACACACACUCAGAUCAUGCCCCUCUUGCCGUCUCUUCACAGUGCACCCUUACAAAGAAAACACAUGUCAAAUUUGCAGUUUCACAUGUGAAUAGUUGUUUUCACAUGUUGAGCUUAAAUUUCACACCAUAUUUCCACAUGUACUAAAUUUGGUUCACAUGUUAACACCACCUUUUCACAUGUGAGGAGAAUAGCACGUUUUCACCUCACAUGUUAAUUGCAGUUUCACAUGUGAAAAUCUCACUUUCACAAAUGGAAUUUCAAGUUCAUAUAUGAAAAUCAAUCACGUGAAAAUCUAAUUUGCAGGUUUAUAUGUGAAAAACUUCCAAAUUUUAUCGUUUUUCACAUGAAUAUUUGCAAUUCCACAUUUGAAAGUGAAAAUCCAAUUUGUAAGAAAACUCUACAUGUGAAAAUCUCACUUUCAGAUGUGGAAUUGCAAGUUCACAUGUGAAAUAACGAAUAAAUGCCUCAUGAGUUUAGUUAAUCUGUCAAACCCCAUCAGAACCCAAAAUAUAAGCUUGAUUUACUGUAGACAAAGUAAAUCUAAACAACCACUGUAAUUUUGAUAUCAUGGAUGGUCAGUAGUUGCAUCCUUAGCGUAGUCUAUGUAUUUGAGACUGGUUGCAUUUUACUGAAACUGUGUUACAAUUAAGGAUUGCCACUUUAAACAACUUUAAUAGAGUAAUAGUGUUAUUAUUACUUUUGUGCCAUUAAUAUCAAGCAAAACUUCUGAAGUCGAGAACAAAAUUAUUAGUAUUGCAAACAAAAAUAAUGAUAUUGAAAGCAAAACAUAAACCACAAAUUAUUGAUGGCAAAACAAAAUAUUGCAAGGAAAUAAUUUUGAAAUGCGAGAACAAAUUAAUUUUAAAUGGAUGCAAAAAAUUAUAAUCUGUGAAACAUUUGUUAUGAUAAUGCGAUUAAAUAAAACGCCCCCCUCUUUUGUGCAAUUUUCCCUAUCUUUGGUUAUGUUACCCUGGCCUUUGCUUUCGCUGCCUUUGAAAGUUUUGGCACAUUCAUUCCAGCAACAUAGCACCUUGCGUCCCACUGCUGGUUUGUCUCUGAAGCUAAGCAGGGUGGGUAUUGGUCAGUCCCUGGAUGGAAGACCAGAUAUAGCUGGAAGUGGUUAAAAAUAAAUGUGAAAAAUACAUAAAUGUGUUCACACAUUUAUGAAAACCACAUGUUUUUUUUCACAUGUGAUUUUUUCAUGUGUUUUUUUGUCGAGCAGGAUGUCAAAGAUUUGGGAGCAGUGAGUAAAUUGGCAAUAGCAAUGGUUUUAUUCAGUCACCACUUAUAGAGACUAAAUGCCUUGCACAUUAUGCAGUUUUGACUGACAGCUUUUUGAUUUCCAAUUUCCUCAACCAUACCAUGUCAUACUCAAGACUGAUGGUUUCAUAAUGUGAUAUUCAGACUCAUUAAUUUGAAAAAAACAUUAUAUAAAAGGGAAAGAAAGGAAAGAGUUUGUGCAAUCUGGUGUGCACACAUUAGUGAAAACGAUCUCCAUGAAAGAACAGAAACAUUGAACUAGCUAGUUAUUUGAUUUCAGAUGGAAGCUAUCUUUCUCUGUGACAUCUCAUUUGGGCUUUUUUUUUCAAACUCUCACUGACAUCUAUAAUAAUAAUAAUAAUAAUAUGCCAUUUAGCAGACGCUUUUAUCCAAAGCGACUUACAGUUAUGCGUGCAUACAUUUUUGUGUAUGGGUGGUCCCGGGGAUCGAACCCACUACCUUGGCGUUACAAGCGCCGUGCUCUACCAGCUGAGCUACAGAGGACCACAUUUUAAGUGUAUGACCAUAUUGUCUAAACACUUCUUCUUUCAGUCUCUAUAAUGUUCUAAAACCUAAUGACACACAAGAGCGUCUGACAUCUAAAACUAUGAGGAGAGUGAGAGAAUGAGUUGGGGAGAAGGCACAAGGUGAGGUGACUUCAGAUGCAGAGGGCAAGAUUGAUGUUAUUUUGUAGACCCCUAGUCUGUGUUGUGGGGGAGAGUGAGACCACUGUUCAGUCCUAGUCAGUUUUCUGGGAGAUGAUGGAACAUUAGGCAUGCUAGCUGAGACACAGGGGACUGUCUGCUGAUAUAUGUGCUGUGUCUGUGAUAAAGUAGGUGGUGUGCAGUAAUCUGCUGUGUUGCCUCUGUGGGGAGAAGGCUAUGCUAGAUCAGCUUAUCUCUACAAAGGUCUCUCCUCUGUCUCCUCUCCCCCAGAGAGCCAACACACACAGACAGAGAAAAGGCCAAUGCAUUUAGGAUGGGAGCCAAUAAUUAUAACCACAUCUUAUCCUUUACCUUGAAUUGUCAAGAUGUGAGAGUAGUUUAUCCAUAGUACCCACACCAACAGUCUUAUCUAGGAAAGUUUCUUGCAGUGAUCCCCCCCCCCCCCCCCCCCGCCUCUCCUCUCUUCCUCUCCUCAGUUAAUUUGAUUUACAAAAUAGUUUUUUUUUCAAACUUGUUAAUUUUUUUACUUUCUAAUAUAUAGCGUAUCAGUGUAAAGGUUGUGAUAAAAAGUAAUUGAUUGCUAAUCUAAACUGAUUAUCUAUGUUGUGCAUCUCUCUAAUUCUCUAUACCCGUGCUCUCUCCAUCACCCCCUGUAGGUAAAGGCUACUCCCAGCGGGGUCGACCAGGCAGCUCAGGCUCCACAGAGAGCAGUGGUCUGGGCACACAGAGCCUCGGUCACCAGAGGGCCACACACACUGGAUGCAAACCCCGGGCAGAAACUGUUGGGACACUGCCCAGACGGAGAGACACCCCCACAGAUGGUAAGACAUGGGGUGAGGGGGGAGAGGACAGAGUGAGAGAUGGGGAAAGAGAGACGGGGAAGGUGGAUGGGAGCUUUCUUUGUUGACUGUGGUUUUUAAAGACCUUUAUAGCCAUACUGAUCCCUACGAUAUGACGCACUGGUCCAUCCUUGAUUACAAAGACUGUGUAUUACCCCAAAGGUUAAUGACAGUAUUAAUCUGAUCUUGUCAUCCUCUCUCCUCAGUGGCCUCUCCUGCCCCAGAGCCGGUCCACAGUGUGGGGGCCAGGCUGCAUGGUUCAUGGUUGGCCGGAGGCUCAGACCCCCCUGAGGAGUGUAUGGUCUCCACGCUGGAGCGGCAGCACAUGGCUUCCUGGAGCGGCACACCCUCCAACAUGGGCACCCUGGGCAGGGCACGCCACAGGGCUGGGGCUGGCACUGACCACCCACACAACAGCUACAAUGGCCACCCGCCUCCCAACAGCACCGAGCAGAACUAUGGAGAACGAUGUACGUAUCUAGCGUCUCCUUACUAAUAAUUCCACAAUGGUAAUUUGUUUAUGAACUGUACAGUAAGUGAGGAAUUUGUGAUAAAUGAUCACCUGAGAUUGACACUUUGGUUUCGGAUCUCUGUGUCUUCCUCUUGCAGAGUCUUUGUGAUGAGUCGGACCCUCCAGUGCUGCCUGUCUAUAAGUGCAAUGAGAUUUCCUCUCUCCAAAUGCUACAGGACGGAGGAUGGAGAGAUGUCAGGAAGAGAAAAGAGAGAGCUG